AUGCAACUAUAUCUAAUCCGCCAUGCGGAAACAGUGCAUAAUGUUGGAAAAGUCCUGGCGGGCACCACUGACUCGGCACUGACCAGCCAUGGGAUGGCUCAGAUCAAUUGUCUCGCUCAGCAUUUCGUCUCCAAUUCGACUAAAUUCACGACGGUAUUCUCCUCAGACUUAAGUCGAGCAAAAAUUACAGCUGAGGGAGUCUGCCAUGCACAGGUUUCACCUUCCGGUGAAACACCCUUGGAACCUAUAUUGACUCGGGAUUUAAGAGAGAAAGAUUAUGGAUCGAUGGAAGGCUACUUCUGGAGAGCCUCUCCUCCAUCACCAAAACCGCAAGACUGGGUCAUCUCUGAGUCAAAAUCGUCGAUGAGAAAGAGGGUUAAAAACUUCUUCGACGAACACUUGCUCCCGCUACUGAUGCGUGACCCACACAGCCGACAAAACAUCGCAGUGGUUGCCCACGGUAUUAUCCUCCAGGAGCUAUGGGCAUAUUUUAUCGAGGUCUUCAAUCCAGUGGAUACCAACAUGGCUGCGCUUCAUACGAAGCCUGUCUGGUCAAACACCGGUUACAUGAUGAUACUGAUUACCCCGACCCCGGCAGAAAGGACCAUGCCGCCUCUUGUCAUCCCAGGCCUCGCAUUUUUUGUUCUGAGUAUAGAUGACAAGAAACAUCUUGCCAAUCUCCAUCGCACCAGGGGUGGGGUUGGAACUGCCGCGCAUGACGUGAAACAAAGAAAGAUUAAUCAAUUCUUCCAAUCCUCAACUGGUUAA